AUGUCUGUGCCAUUGUUGAAUCGCUUACUAAAUUUUAAAGAAUCCUUUGGAUUUACUGUUAUCGAAGACACAAUAUUACAGUCAGGAUGCUUACUGUUAAGAGAAUUUAUAAAAAAAAUUACAGAGAACAAUAAACAAAAUAUCAUUAUUUUCUGUGUUGAGUCUUCUCCACAAUAUUUUCUUGAAAUUAUGACAUUGAAUAAGAAUGUCAUAUUUCUUGAUGCAUAUUCCCAUCUUGGAUCGUAUGAAAGUGAUGACAUAGAUGACAUUGACACACAAAACUCCAAUUUCACGUUGAUCAUAGACUCACUUACUCCUCUGCUUUUAACUUCCAUAUCAUCAACAUUUUCUUUUUUAAAAAAGAUAUCUUCUGAGUUGAUUUCUUCAGAAAUGAAUACAUUUAGAGUAAUAGCAAUUUAUCAUUCUGAUAUUCCAACUCAUCCAACAAAUGGGAUAACCGGUAUGCUAAAUGUUCGGAGCACUAUUCUAAGUCAUUUUGCUACCACAACGAUCACAAUUAAAAAUAUGGAACAAGUUCGCAAAGAGUCAGUUUAUGAAUAUUCUAAAGGAGUUGAUGCUAUAAUAAAUGUACAUAUGAAUUCACCAGAAUGUAGUAUGUGUGUUAUAGAGCAUAGAAAAAAAUCAGGAAAAGUAUUUUACGAG